CUCAAUCUCGCUCGUCCAAAUAUCAACUUACCCCUCCAAAAUCACACGCUAUCUACACGUUUUGAGGCACUUCGGUUCCCAGUUUACCAACCCCUCACUCAACCUAUCGCUCCAAAGAGUAUCGUAGGGCCACUGCCCAGAUAGUCAACACGUUUUCCAAUCUUCUCAACUCGUCCCACAACACCUUCGCAGGCCGACGCACCUCUCCCUCAGGAGGAGCAUCGGAUCUUAUACUAGCCUUCUAAGCAAUCAAAUCAGCUUAAAGGCACCGAAUCAACUUCUUCAUCAAGAUGGCCCCUCACGCUGAGGAGUCCGUCGGUUUUGCGAACGGUGGAAGUGGGACAGCGGCUACACCAGCCAAGGAUCUUUUUGUUGUGGAGUCUCCGAACGUCGAAUACACCGACGAAACCAUCAAGUCGAAGUAUACUUACCGUACCACGGCCGUUUCCAAGAACGCCAACGGCAAGUAUGUGGCUGUCCCCAAGGAGACUCUAUACGACUUCAAGGUCGACCGCAAGAUCCCCAAGCUCGGUGUCAUGCUUAUUGGUCUGGGUGGCAACAACGGUACAACUGUGACUGCUGGUAUUCUCGCCAACCGCCGCGGUCUCGAGUGGGAGACCAAGGAGGGCAAGCGGGGUGCCAACUACUAUGGCUCUGUGAUCAUGGGAUCUACGACCAAGCUCGGUGUCGACAGCGAGACGGGUGCGGACAUCAACAUCCCGUUCCACGAUCUGAUGCCUAUGGUGCACCCCAACGAUCUUGUUAUCGGUGGUUGGGACAUCAGCGGUCUGAACUUGGCCGAAGCCAUGGACCGUGCCAAGGUGCUUGAGCCAACUCUGAAGUCUCUGGUGCGCAAAGAGAUGGCUCAGAUGAAGCCUCUGCCUAGCAUUUACUACCCCGACUUCAUUGCGGCCAACCAGGAGGACCGUGCCGACAACCUCAUUCCCGGGUCCAAGGCUUCCAUGGCUCACAUUGAGCAGAUCCGUAAGGACAUCCGUGAAUUCAAGGCUGCCAAUGACCUUGACAAGGUCAUCGUCCAGUGGACUGCCAAUACGGAGCGUUUCGCCGACAUUCUGCCUGGAGUCAAUGACACUGCCGACAACCUUCUCAAGGCUAUCGAGAAUGGUCACGAGGAAGUCUCUCCGUCGACUAUGUUUGCCGUUGCCUGUAUCCUGGACCAGGUUCCUUUCAUCAACGGUUCUCCCCAGAACACCUUCGUCCCUGGCGCCAUUCAGCUCGCGGAGAAGCACAAUGCCUUCAUUGGUGGUGACGACUUCAAGUCCGGUCAGACCAAGAUGAAGUCUGCUCUCGUGGACUUCUUGAUCAACGCGGGUAUCAAGCUCACAUCCGUUGCUAGCUACAACCAUCUCGGCAACAACGACGGCAAGAACCUCAGCUCCCAGAAGCAGUUCCGCUCCAAGGAGAUCUCCAAGUCCAACGUUAUCGACGACAUGGUAGCUGCCAACACUGUCCUGUACAAGGAGGGCGAGCACCCAGACCACACCGUCGUCAUCAAGUACAUGCCUGCUGUUGGUGACGACAAGCGUGCUCUCGAUGAGUACUAUGCCGAGAUCUUCCUGGGGGGACACCAAACGAUUAGCAUCUUCAACGUUUGCGAGGAUUCGCUUCUGGCCUCCCCCUUAAUCAUCGACCUGGUCCUCGUCGCCGAGAUGAUGACACGUAUCCAAUGGAAGGCCCACGGUGCCGAUGCUGCCGAUGCGAAGUACGCCGGUUUUCACAGCGUUCUCAGCAUCCUGAGCUACAUGCUCAAGGCUCCCCUUACGCCUCCCGGCACACCUGUCAUCAACUCCCUCGCCAAGCAGCGUGCUGCCCUGACGAACAUCUUCAGGGCAUGUGUUGGCCUUGAGCCAGAAAGUGACAUGACUCUUGAGCACAAGCUCUUCUAGAUUACCUGAUAUGAUCUGUCUUUCUAGUUUGCUAGGUGGUUCAAUGUGUUAUCGGUGUAUGUGACCGGCAGUACUUGAGCACCCCAAGAUGCUCAUGUCCAUGAUUCAACUCAUGGCUGGUUUUGCUUUUCCUGGCGGGUAGGCAAUUGCCUCUGGUCAUUAAUUAAUUAUAGCAG